AUACCAUACCAAAAAAGAGUGGCCUUCACGAGCUCUGAAAGGCACGUGUCGAUAACAAUGCCAACCAUGGAAGAAAGCAACUCAAAAUCGGACUCCUCUACCAACUCGGUGCAGGUGGCGCAGCCAAAAUGCACCACCCUCCCCCACUAACUCCUCCCUCCAUAAAUAAACCUACAAAUUCAAUCAAAAUUUCUCGUCAUUCACGCAUCCCAUCUCUCGCUGCCUCUCACUCCCUAUCGCUCAAAUAAUGGGUUUGCUCACUUACCUCACCAAAUCCUCCUCCACUCUCAAACCCACAACUCUUCUCCGCCACCUCCGCUUCAUGAGCAACGUCCCUGAAAACACCGUCUACGGCGGACCGAAGCCACAAAACCCACACCAAAGAGUAACACUAACCCAUUUAAAGCAAAAACACAAAAAGGGUGACCCGAUCACUGUUGUGACUGCCUACGACUACCCUUCUGCUGUCCACUUAGACACAGCAGGUAUCGAUGUUUGUUUAGUUGGUGACUCCGCUUCUAUGGUUGUUCACGGCCAUGACACCACUCUCCCUAUCUCUCUUGACGAGAUGCUUGUUCAUUGCCGUGCUGUUGCUCGUGGUGCCAAAAGGCCGCUUCUCGUAGGUGACUUGCCCUUUGGGACUUACGAGUCUAGUUCUAACCAGGCAGUUGAUACGGCAGUUAGGAUUUUGAAGGAAGGAGGGAUGGAUGCGAUUAAAUUGGAAGGAGGGUCGCCAUCAAGAAUUACUGCGGCUAAAGCAAUUGUUGAGGCUGGAAUUGCUGUUAUGGGACAUGUAGGACUUACUCCUCAGGCUAUUAGUGUUCUUGGAGGAUUCAGGCCUCAAGGGAAAAACAUUGCCAGUGCUGUAAAGGUUGUAGAAACUGCACUGGCUUUGCAAGAAGCAGGAUGUUUCUCGGUAGUUUUAGAAUGCGUGCCUGCUCCCGUGGCAGCUGCAGCAACUUCUGCUCUUAAAAUCCCAACCAUUGGCAUUGGGGCAGGACCUUUUUGCAGUGGCCAGGUGCUAGUUUACCAUGAUCUAUUGGGAAUGAUGCAACAUCCACAUCAUGCCAAGGUUACUCCAAAGUUCUGUAAGCAGUAUGCUCAUGUUGGAGAUGUCAUCAACAAAGCUCUAGUUGAAUACAAGGAAGAAGUGGCAAACGGUUCGUUCCCUGGUCCUGCCCACAGUCCAUAUAAAAUUAGUGAAACUGAGAUAAAUGGUUUCAUGAGCGAAUUGCAAAAGUUAGGUUUGGACAAGGCAGCAGCUUCAACAGCUGCAGCAGCUGAGAAAAUUAAAAUGUCUGUAUCAAGUAAUGGUCCAGCGAAUGAUUGAAUACUGGUUAAUCGGGCAGAUGUGUUUCUUACUCGGCCUCCCCCCCUUUUCUGACCAGAAAGAAGAGUGAAAUAACGGAAGACUAGUUUGGUGGUGCAUCUUUGAAAGCUAAGCCAGAAAUUGCAUCAGUUCUCGACAUUCGAAAUCGAGAUACAUAUGGAAGGAAAAUUUUUGCGGUAGAAAUAAUUGCAUAUUUUUUCCUUU